UGUUAUCAACACCAGCAUCAUGAACAAGUAUCUGGUGAUUUUGACGGCGCUUCUGGUCGCCGCCAUGUGCGUCUCGCCACUUUGGGCCAGCGCUGUACCUGAUCACCACAGAGGCCCCCAGCACUCGCAGCACCAUGGUGGUGGAUCCCAGCACCAUGGUGGUGGAUCCCAGCACCACGGUGGUCCAGGGCAGCACCAAGGAGGUGGCCCAGGGCAGCACCAAGGCGGCCACCACGACUCCCACGGAGGUGUGGGCCACCAUGGCUGAUAGGACUUUGGUUCUGCUCUGCUUCUACCUCUUCAGCAGUGCUGCAACAUUCUUCUGAGGACAGCUCUAUCUAUUCAGUGUAACCA